UCAAAACCGAAUUUUCGAGCACGCCGGAAAAACCAUGUCGUUCUUUACCGAAGCAGAACACAAGUUUUUAUCUAUCCCUGAGGAUAUCAGAAUUGAAACGAAAUCAUUCUUAGAUGCAGCAAGUGAAGUAGUUCCCUUUUUCGAUGUGUUAGGACCAACAGCAUUCGCUCCAGUCAAAUCAGACAUCAAUGGUAACAUAAAAAAACUAAGAGAAAAGUUCACCAAAGACCUAGAAAAGUUUAAAACUUUACAAGACAUCGUAGAAAGUGAAAUGGCAGAAAAUUCUACCAAAGCGAAGAACUCAGCUACAGAUGCUUUGUUAUGGUUGAAAAGGGCUCUCCGAUUUAUCAUAGUCUUUCUGAGAGAGGUUCUGACUGGUGAGGAAGAUCUUGUGAAAUGCGCCAAAAAGGCAUAUGAGAAUUCUCUGAAGAGAUUUCAUGGGUGGAUGGUUCAGGGAGUUUUCUCACUUGCCUUGAAGGCUGUGCCUUACCGUAAAGACUUCAUUGACAAACUUGGUCGUAAUAAAGUAGACGAAGAUACUGUGUUGAGGGAAAUGAGAGAGUUUGUUGAUCUCUUGGAGGCAAAUUUAGAAGUUGUGGAACAAUUUUAUCAAAAAAAUAAUUUGGAAACCUCUCAGGUGCAAUAAUAAGUGCAGAAUGUAAGGUAAAUAUGGACUGGUUAAUUUGAAUUUGAACUACUCAGGGAUUUUGGAACAUGGCUGUGGGAUAGGAGGUAUGAACCAGUCGUUCAAAGGAGGUCUAAAGGCUUCAAUUUAAGAUAAUCAAUAGACAUCUAGUUUUCUUCAUAAGAAUAAAUGAGUUGUCAUGACGUAACUGAAUCUUUUCUAGUUCUUUUCACCACAAGCUUUCCUGACACUGAUGAUAAAUAUCGAUGUUUAAAUAAAACAUUUGGCUUUGUUAGAGAUAGAAGGCAGUUGUAUUGCUAAAAAACAAACUGAACUUUGUGUGAAUAGGUGUCCCUAUUAUGUUAGAAUAGAACUUUUGAGAUUUCUGUUAGCCAACUGUUUAGUGCAAUGACUGUAUUUUUGUAUUUAAUUCAUAUUUCAACUUCUCUUUCUCAUUUAAAACUGGCCAGUGAUUAUCUAUUUUGGUGAAGGGGGAAAUUCAGUGGGGACUUGGAUGUUAAUAAGGCAGUAUUUGAUAAGGAUGGUGGUGGGGCAAUGUUAUUGUUUAAAUAAUGAAAAUUAUUGUAAGAGCACUUAAAAUGUGCUCUUUGAAUUAAGAUAAACAAAAGAGUAUUUAUGUCUGAAUUGGUCAAAAUAAACAAUGUUAAUGGGA